GCAGACAAAAAGCUGAAAGUGCCUAUAGUACAGACGGCCGUGGUGACGUAGGAUGGCCCAGAACGGGACAACAGACAGCGGAGUGGCCGGAGGGACCCACGCUCCGUCGUUUCCCCAGCCUGUCAAAGUCCAGGAGAUCAGACACACCAAGAUAUUUAUCAACAACGAGUGGCACGCGUCCAGCAAGGGGGCCACGUUCCCGACUCUCAAUCCUGCAACAGGUGUCAAAAUCUGCGACGUGGAGGAGGCGGACAAAGCAGAAGUGGACAAGGCGGUGCAGGCGGCCCGGGCGGCGGGGCGCAGCGGCGCCUCUUGGCGGAAGAUGGACGUGUCGAGCCGGGGGAGACUGCUGCACAAGCUGGCCGACCUGGUGGAGCGAGACCGGGCGCUGCUGGCGACCCUGGAAACUAUGGACACGGGAAAACCCUUCCUGCAGUCUUUCUUCAUAGACCUGGAUGGCAGCAUAAAGACCCUGCGGUACUACGCAGGGUGGGCCGACAAGAUACAGGGCAGGAGCCUGCCUGUCGACGACAGCUUCCUGUGUUUCACCAGGCACGAGCCCGUCGGCGUGUGCGGGGCCAUCAUUCCAUGGAACUUUCCGCUGCUGAUGUUCAUGUGGAAGAUAGCGCCGGCCCUGAGCUGUGGAAACACUGUGGUCAUAAAGCCGGCGGAGCAAACCCCUCUCACGGCCCUCCACGUUGGAGCGCUCAUCAAAGAGGCGGGCUUCCCCCCCGGAGUGGUGAACAUCGUGCCAGGCUUCGGCCCGUCUGCAGGAGCAGCCAUUGCCAGCCAUAUGGACAUCGACAAAGUGGCUUUCACCGGCUCUACGAAGGUCGGCCAGCUGAUCAAAGAGGCGGCGGCCAAGAGCAAUCUGAAGAGAGUGACUCUGGAGCUGGGCGGGAAGAACCCCUGCAUUGUCUUCGCUGACUCAGAUUUGCAGCUGGCUGUGGCGGAGACGCAGAAAGGGGCCUUCUACAACCAGGGCCAGUGCUGCACGGCGGCCUCGCGGGUUUUCGUGGAGGAAAGCAUCUACGAAGAGUUUGUGCGCUGCAGUGUGGAAGGUGCGAAGAACAUUGUCACAGGAGACCCGCUGGACCCACGGACCUCCCAUGGACCUCAGAUUGACCAGGAGCAGUUUGAUAAGAUCAUGGAGCUGAUAGAGAGCGGGAAGGAGGAGGGAGCCCGGCUGGAGUGUGGAGGGAAGGCCGUGGGAGACACGGGGCUGUUUCUCCAACCCACCAUAUUUUCUGGGGUGAAGGACCACAUGCGCAUCGCCAAGGAAGAGAUUUUUGGACCAGUGCAGUGUAUAUUUAGCUUCAAAAGCCAGCAGGAGGCCAUAGAGAGGGCAAACAGCACUGAAUAUGGACUGGUGGCAGCAGUGUUUACCAGAUGUCUGGACCGGGCCCUGUCUGUCUCUGCAGCCCUGGAGACAGGCACUGUGUGGGUGAACUGCUAUAAUGCCCUCCAUGCCCAGACUCCCUUCGGAGGUUGCAAGAUGUCCGGCGUCGGACGAGAGCUCGGCGAGUACGCCCUGGCAGAGUACUCCGAGGUGAAAGCGGUGACCAUCAAGCUGAGGGAGACCCUGUGAGGGACACGGCGGGAUCCUGCCUCGGCCUCCAGCACCACGUCCCCCGUCCGACCGAGUGGGGCCGCAGCUCCAUCUUUAACACUUUACCCCCCCCCCCCUUUCCCUGUCUGCCUCCCGUCUUCACAGCUGCCGGCCGAGUCAGUAAGAGCGAGCGGCGUGGCGAGCUGCGGGCCACGGGCGGGAGGAGCUACCUGAGUACAUUAACACAGAGGCCCCGAGGAGUUCAUUAAAGGAAGUCACCCCGUCCUGUCACCCGUCUUCCUGUCCCGUUUUACUGUGAAACGCACGAGACGGGAGGGAGGUCCCUCACGAAGACACGUGGCCGUGUAUAAAUAAAUACCCCAACAAACGAUUUCUUUCUUGUAUUAGAGGAUAAUGUCAGCGUCAUGUAUGGAGUACUGUUGUUUAUGAGGACAAGUAUGUCAGCCGUAGUUGUGCAUGAUCUGGUGAAACGCCGUCCCCCGCGCCGCAGCACGUGGGCCGGCCGCGGGGGGGGGGGCGAGGCCGGAGCGUGCGUGGCCUCCUCUCCUUAAAUGCUCCGCAGGUCACGAUGCAGUAAAGAAGCCCUUCCUUCUCGUCUCGUCUCAGAAGUGUUUAUGUUGGUGUGACGUCAUCAGAUCUGAACGGGGAGCAUUUUCCCGCCCUUUCAGGUAGCGGAAGGAAGUCCGCUCCGUUCCACGUGAGGUCAUAUGUACCGGCGGGACACUGUCAACGGGAGGUUUCCCCCACCUGGGCGGUCGGCGGCGGAGCUCCCUCCUCUUUCCUCCCCGGCGUUUGAACGUGUGUGUUUUACAUGACGUGUGACAUGUUGGCCUUCAGAUAGAUGUGAUGUUAACGGGGCGGCGCGUGGCGGAGGGCUGCCUCUUUCCGGGGGACCUCCACGCUGCAGGUCCUUGUUGCGGAAGUUGUCAAAGGGAAAAUAAAAAAAUGUCUUUCCUGCACGUUGUGUGGCUGUUUGUGUGGGUAAAGCUGCAGCACAACACAACCGAGUCAAGCCGGGGGGGUGUUUGUACAGCCCGGCAUCACCAAUUACACGUUUGCCUCAGGGGGGCGUUA